GGUUUUCCAAAUCCAGAGGCUCGUCGCAACUACGAGUUGGACAAUCGCAUCAUCUUACUGCUACCAGCAAACUGUAUUGUUUUCAGUUAAACAAUCGCUCUCGCAUCAUAAUCAUGAACGGCGACAGCUAUUCAUCUAGAGGCAUGGCACCCUCAUCGACAAAACCCAGGCAACAACGUGGAGCUGCAGCUGACAAUGAAGCAUCAACAGAUACCGGUCGCCAUGGUUCUUCUAGAGACCACCCAGUACGUUCCCCUCGAUAUUCCACAGGCCAGCUCCAGCUAAUUCCCGCCAGUCUCGUGAUGACAGACGUGGAGAUAGAGGAGACAGAGGUGAUCGCGACCGCCGUCGCUCUCGGUCCCCAGGCCAUCGGGGCUCCCGUCCAUCUCGCCGCGAAGGUGAUGUAGAUUCAUACUCGACCAGUCGCGAUUACCGAGAACGAGAGCGCGAGGAUAGAUAUUCUGGCAGAGACCGUCGGGGUGGUGGAGAGAGAGAAUGGGACCGUGAUCGCGGCUCUUCUAGACGCGACGCACGACGAGACGAUGACGAUAGACCGCCCCCGAGAGGAGGAAGAGACAGAGAUUUGUUUGACGACAGAAGAAAUGGUGGCGGCAGACGUGGAGAUAGAGGCGAUCGUGAUGGUGGUUUUGGGGGAGGACCAGGACGAGAUCGCAAGAAGAGCGCAACCCCACCACCAAAGAAGAAGGAGCCCACACCAGACUUGACAGACGUCGUGUCAGUCCUCGAGCGUCGGAGAAGAUUAACGCAGUGGGAUAUCAAGCCACAAGGUUAUGAGAAUGUAACUGCAGAACAAGCAAAGCUCUCUGGCAUGUUUCCAUUACCAGGCGCACCAAGACAACAACCUAUGGACCCAAGCAAGCUGCAAGCUUUCAUGGCGCAACCAAGUGGCUCAGCCACCAAUGCUGCUUUGAAGCCUUCUAACUCUCGUCAAGCCAAGCGCCUGCUUGUGCAUAAUCUACCUUCAUCUAACGUUAGCGAGGAGACCAUUGUAGGGUUCUUCAACCUGCAACUGAAUGGACUCAAUGUCAUUGAAGGGUCCGAUCCCUGCAUCUCUGCACAGAUCUCGAAAGAUAAGUCGUUUGCCUUACUCGAAUUCAAGACCCCUUCAGAUGCAACUGUUGCAUUGGCGCUUGACGGAAUAACUAUGGAGGAUGGCGACUAUGUCAAAAAGGAGCAACCCAAAGGCGACACCAAAGGGCUUUCUAUCCGUCGACCUAAGGAUUAUAUCGUGCCGGCAGUUGCUGACGAGACUCCUCUAGAGCCCGGCGUGGUCUCGAAUGUUGUUGUGGACACACAAAACAAGAUUUGCAUCUCCAAUAUUCCAUUGUAUUUGACCGAUGAGCAAGUCACCGAGCUCUUGGUUUCUUUCGGAGAGCUGAAGGCUUUUGUUUUGGUGAAAGAUAGUAGCACCGAGGAAUCUCGCGUAAGUCUCAUUGAAAUAUUCAAGAGACUUCUCAACUAAUUGUCUAUAGGGUAUUGCAUUCUGUGAGUAUGCUGAGGCAGCAGUGACAACCGACAUUGCCGUUGAGGGAUUGAAUGGAAUGGAAUUGGGUGACAAGCACCUCAAAGUACAACGAGCUAGUAUUGGAAACACACAGGUUUCUGGACUUGAGAUGGGUGUCAACGCAAUGUCCAUGCUUGCGGGUACCACAUCUCAAGACUUGGAGGAAGGCCGUGUCUUGCAAUUACUAAACAUGGUGACCCCCGAGGAGCUGAUUGAUAAUGAAGAUUACGAAGGUAAACGGUCCUGAUCGACGAAACCACAUUUUGUGCUAACACGACCCCUAGAAAUUUGCGAAGACGUAAAAGAAGAAUGUGAGAAGUAUGGCAAGGUUCUCGAUAUGAAAGUUCCUCGUCCUACUGGUGGCAGCAGACAAUCGAAUGGAGUCGGCAAAAUAUUCGUCAAAUUCGAUGGCCCAGAAUCCGCUGGCAAGGCACUCCGAGCUCUGGCUGGACGAAAGUUUGCUGAUCGUACCGUUGUAACGACAUAUUUUUCAGAAGUAAGCUUUAAACGUCCCUUUGAAGCCAUAACUAACAUGUUUAGGAAAAUUUCGAAGUUGGAGCAUGGUAAUGUUCGAAGGUCAUUUAUUUUGGUCAUUGAAAAUGUGUCCGCAAAACCUUGCGACAGACAACUCAUACUCACAAAACGAAGGACUGUAGUCUGAAAUGCUCCUUCAUACUUACGACCUCUGUAAUUCUAGUUAUCGUCCUAAAAGCAGCGCAGGCACCGGAGUUAAUUUCAAAGUCAUUAACAAGAAACAAGAUUGACAGGGUUUUCUUUAGAAUUUAGUCCACUGCGAGACAGAAUACGUGCAGCUAAUCGUUUCCCGGCUCAUUUGUAGUAUAAUUUAUGGCAUUAGCGUUGUUAAGGGCAUCUAACAUAAAGUGUAAAUUAAAACUGUGAGAAUAUUGUCAUGAUAGUACAAUAGAAUUUUGGUCUAUCACUAGCUUACUAGCCGCUUUGUAACAGUACUUAAAUUGAGCUGAUGAAACAAUUCACUUGUCCAAUUGAGACAGUACUGUAAGCACGUUUUCACGUGUUCUCGCGUGUGCUGAUUAAAUGUCUGACCUCGGAAGAACAUUAAUGACGCGACUCGAUCUUCAGGCAACAUCAAUCAGCCGUCUGCCCCGUUGGACAUUGCCUUUGAGUUUCACAAAUACACACUGGGCGAUGCGAUGCUUAUACCUCAUCCCCCUUCAACAAAUUUCCACGACGAGCUAAGGUCGCCACCUGCGAAACGGCUUAAGACCAGUGAGAGCACCGAUGGUGACCUCCUCUCAGGAGACGACUCGAUUGUACGAACACCCAACAGCUAUCGAGAUGAGAUUCCUGAUUCUGAAGAUGAUUCUGCAAAUUCCGAGAAUGGGGACUCCAGAAAAACGUCUUCAAAACCCACGGAACUGGAGAGUACUUUGUCACCUGUGAAAACCGAUAAGGAAGCGAUACAGGAAUACGAGGCUAUGAGGGCCGCCGAUGACUCUAAUGAAGCUCUUAGUUACCGACUGAAGGACCGUAGUUGGACGAGGGGGAAAAGUUCCAUUUAUGUUGAUGCGUUCAAUCUAGCGCUUGAAACUGUUCUCGAGGAUGAGGGACAUCUAUUUGAUAAGAAGGAGACCGAGGUUUUUGAACAAUGGAGGAAUCUUGGCUACGAAGCUCAGUAUCUGUAAGUUGUUACGCUGGUAACUCUUGUCAUAAUUUUUAUACCACUUCUUUCUUGCACAAGGUCUCCUCAUUCAAGACUUGUGGUUAGACGCAAAAGUUAUAUUGUCUUUCUUUCAAAUAUCUUACACUACUUCUUCUUGUAGUAAGCCCGAAUUAUGUUUUCUAACAGCACUAUAGCUAUGUUCGCUUAUUUCUGCGGAAGACGUCUGUAUGGCAUCGAAUCAGUAAGCUAGGCUACUAUGGCGAUAUUUCAGAUCUUCCCAUGGCGGUAGAGAUUCUUCAAAGGCCCCGUGCCUUGCCAGAUUCAUCUGCUGAAGCUCAGAUCAAUCCAGCGGAGCUCAACCCACCAGAAGGUACUCGGCUCGAUUCGGACUUCACAUUCGCCGAUUCCUCUGACAACUCGAUUGCUUCACUUCAAGAAGCUUCCUCGUUACUUACUCUCGAGGAACUCAAAGUGAUUGCAAAAGAAGCCAAAAUAAAAGGCAAGAAUAAAACAGAGCUUCUUCAGGCACUUCACAAUAUGAGUCGGCGACAGAGUGGUUUAGGCUGGGUUGGUCUCAAAAGAUCUGAGAGUGAGCUAACCAAUGUUUCGGAAUCUGGUGACAAUGAUACAGAUACUGAAGACAGCGCGAAAUCCGAUAAAAACAGAGAUGGUCAUUUCUUGCGCAAGAUAAUGGCAUCCACUGGGCCUUGUAUUCGACUCUCUGCGCCAACUUUAAACCUGUUUGGGCGAGUUCAUCUAGUCUUCUAUAGAUCAACUGAAUGGUCAGAAAAGUCCCUGACUACCAUCAUUCUGGCUCGAAUAUCGCGCCGUGUCUUUCCGGAUUAUAUUGUCUCAAGGUCUGCCAAUAUCUUCUCCACAAGAUCUGAUCUUUUGGAAUUUGAAGCUGCUCUGAGGGCACAAUCCCGGGUAGAUAAAAUCCUUGAAAUGAAUGGCAAUCCAGGCAAGAAGGGCUUGGAAGAAGUGCUUGCCAUCUUUGAUGCCGUUUAUCCUCGGUGGAAGGUCCUUCUUGCCGAAGAACAACGUAAAGAGGAUCGUGUAUAUGAGACUGGCGAGGGAGCAUACCUUCGUCGAUUCUCACCUGCUUGGGUAUACACGCGUAUCAUACAUAAAGGGACCUAUGUCCUCGGGCGCUUUAAGAUCUACGCCCGAGAAUACGACGUUCUGAGCGAGCUUUUGAAUCAACAUCUCUUUCAUGCUGCCCGGCGAGGAUCAUGGUAUCAGCGCAAGGCGUUAUUGGAAGAACAUUACAUGUAUGCUAUUCAACCACCAGCAGACAUAUCAGAUCCCGAGAAACAAAAGCGUCAUUGGAAGCGGGUAUCAUUACACACUUGCGAGCAGGGACUUCAGGAUAAUGAUUGCCAUAUGAUUUACCAUUACGAUCUCCAAAAACGAAUCAAGAAGAUUGAAAGGAAUAUCAGAAUUCCAAUGAGGGAACAGCAUGACUUCGACCAUGUUUUACUUGCCAAACCUCUUGAGGUAACCGUGGAGGGAAUUCAGAUCAAGAAGAAUUAUCCACCAACAUUAAAGCGUCAGAUGAGUGGUCAGCCGGCAGUUGAGGAAAAGCAACGCAGUACAAAAACGAUCUGGGUAGAUGAAGCUGAAGGUGGUGGAGAGUGUAGUGUUGAAGCCAUGUGCCUUUCGGAUUACCGGUCCAGAGGGUUCAAGGGAUAUCACGCAGAAGGGGGAAUCAUACGUACUCUCUUUGCAUACCUCUUCUUCGAUGUCCUAUUCGUCUACAUACCAAAUGUCUUUCAAACAGCCUUUCAAACCUGCCCGCUUGAUCUACACACCGACGCAUUCUAUCCCUCCCGGGCUUCCGAGAUCAAUCACCGGCUCGUUGAGAUUUUCAACGGCGAUGCUGCCUCUAUCAUUCGCUCUGUCGAUUCUCGGGAGCGUGAAAAGGGCACGUGUGUCAUUGGACUUCGUUGGAAAUUCGAACUCGAUGAUCUUCUUGAGAUUGUAGAGUGUUUUGGUGGGGAAGCCCUGGCGACGGUUUGUAAGGUUAUGGCGCAAGAGUAUAGAGUCCGAGGAGGCGGGAUUCCGGAUCUCUUUCUUUGGAAUACGGAGACGAAGGAGGUCCGGUUCGUGGAGGUGAAGAGUGAAAAUGAUAGGUUGAGUGAUACGCAGAGGCUGUGGAUUCAUGUUCUUACUGGUGCUGGUGUGAAGGUGGAAUUAUGCAAUGCGGUGGCGAAGGAGGUGAGAGUUAUUGAUGUUUGAGAGGGAAAGAAGAUGACCUAACACAUGUACUUUGUGAGCGUGUAACGUCUUUGGUCUAGAUUCUACUAGUGUCUUAUUCCAGCAUAAGAAAUGU